GGAAUCCGGUUUUUGCAAAGAACGAGUCAGAACGGGCCAUCGACCAUGAAGAAAUCAACACCGUCGUCACUCUCGCCGUCGAAAUGAACACCAUCGUCGCUCUCGCCGGUCGAUCUCCGAACCCAUGGCCGAGGAAGAAACCCGGCUCCACCCCACGAUCCCCCUCUCUCCUCUCCUGCACUGUCUCCCUCUUCGCCGUUCUCUUCUUGUUCGUCUUCUUCUACUUCUCCUACGCUCGCGUCUCCACUUCGCCUUCGCUCCUCCGAGGCUCGCUCCAGGCGUCGCGCCCCUCACGGUGCGAGCCCCGGAUUCGAGCCCUAGGGCAGAGGUUCCUGUCCUACGCGCCUCACAGCGGGUUCAGCAACCAGCUCUCCGAGUUCAAGAACGCGAUCGUGAUGGCCGCGAUCCUCAACCGGACGCUGGUGGUCCCGCCGGUCCUGGACCACCACGCCGUCGCUCUCGGCAGCUGCCCGAAGUUCCGGGUUCUGAGCGGGAGGGAGAUUCGGCUCGCUGUCUGGGAGAGCGCAAUGGAGCUUUUGAGGGCUGGGAGGUAUAUUUCUAUGGCUGACAUCAUUGAUAUUUCAUCCUUAGUUUCUUCUUCAAUGAUCAGAACGAUUGAUUUCAGAGUUUUUGUAUCGCUAUGGUGUGGGGUGAACAUAGACUUGGCUUGCAACAAUCAGGCCACUGGCCAGUCCCCUUUGUUUGCUAGCUUAAAGCAAUGUGGAUCUUUUCUCUCUGGGUUUAAUGGUAAUGUCGACGAGUGUUUCUAUUCAGUGGAUGAAGACUGUAGAAGCACAGUUUGGACAUACCAAAAUGGCAACGACGGAGUGUUAGACUCAUUUCAACCUGAUGAACAGUUGAAGAGAAAAAAGAAGAUAACAUAUGCUAGGAGGCGCCGCAAUGUGUAUAAGGCACUUGGACCUGGUUCUCAAGCCGAUUCAGCUGCUCUUCUGGCCUUUGGAAGCCUCUUCACAUCUGCAUAUAAGGGUUCGCAGCUUUACUUUGAUAUACACGAAGCUCCAAAGGAUCAGAGAAUACAGUCGAUAAUUGAGAAAAUUGAAUUUCUCCCUUUUGUCCCUCAAAUUCUCCAUGCUGGAAAGGAAUUUGCUCUUACAACCAUUAAGGCCCCUUUUCUUUGUGCGCAGCUGAGAUUGUUAGACGGGCAAUUCAAGAACCACCGGAAAACUACUUUCCUAACCUUAAAAGAAAAGGUUGAGUCUCUGAGGCAGAAUGGACCUCUGCCUGUUCAUAUUUUUGUGAUGACUGAUCUUCCAGAAGAUAACUGGAGCAGAACUUACUUGGGAGAUUUGGCCGCAGACGUUGACAAUUUUAAGCUUCAUUUUCUGCAAGAAGAAGAUGAGCUAUUUAUUCGAACAGCAAAAGAACUUGCAGUUGGGGGGCAUGGCCUGAGAGUUGGGUUUGUUGCAAAUAGUUUUGCACGAAUGGACAAGCUCCAAAAGCAAUGCUCUCCUCGCAUAUUAGCUGAUGUCCUUCUGUACAUAGAGGAAGUGAUUUGCAGCUGUGCUUCUCUAGGUUUUGUUGGGACAGCUGGAUCGACUAUUGCUGAGAGCAUAGAGUUGAUGAGAAAACACGAUGUCUGUUCAAGUUAAGGCUUGCUUCAAGUGCUAAUGAUUUGAUUGGAAAUUUUGCACUUCGAUGCAUGAUAUUGUGCAUUGACAUUGGGGAGCUGGUCACGGGUUUUGUUAUUUGGUGGGACGGUCUCUUGAUAUUGUGAGUUGUGAGCCUUUGACUCUUUUUCUGAUGGAUAGUCUGCAAGAUGUUCGUUUUCACCCUUCUCAGCAAUGCACACCACAUGCCCAGUUUGAGUUCUUGGUUUACUGGAUGUCAGUGUCGCAUGGUUAAAGAUUUUAAGCUUGCUGCAAUAUUUGGUCAUCAGAGGGAUCCAGUUCUCCAAGAAUCCAACUUCAUCCCUUAUAACAAGGAAAAAGGGUCCUCUCAAAUUUCCGUAAAUUAAAGGUCAUUGCAGUUAUUGUUGUUACUGGCCUGUUCAGGUUCUUUGCUGGUGAGUUGCCACAAUCACAGCUCAACGUAUGCCUUUUUCUCUUUUGUGCUCUUCACUUUGGCAUUCAAUUUAUUCAUUAUAAAAAUACACAUGCUCUUCCUUUUGUA